AGUAACAUAUAACCUUUAUUUGUUUUCUAUUUUGUGGUUGGCGCCUUUAAAAUAAUAUCAAACAUAUUAACAAUUGUUUUCAGCAAUUUUUUAUACAAACGUGAGACCUUUCUAGGCUUGAAACCGACUCGAAAGACAAACAAAGUUUGACAAGCAACAAACAGAUAGGCUAACGCAGUAAGCCCAAGAGUCUUUGAGACUAAGCAGUUCAGAGAGCAGCUUACAAGGUGCUUCCAAGGCGGCGAUGAAGUGUAUUUAUACAGUUGCUGCGUGUAGCAGGGAGGGACAUAUGCUCUCAGUCUCUGAAUAUUAUUAUAUACUGAGAAACUACAAAAACCAUAAGCCCGUUCCGUCAGGCAAUCCCACCCCUCCUCCUCAUGCGUGGUAGGCUGAUGCGAUGAAUUGCCCACAGAUUGAUUAUUCACCAGUCCGCAAUGCAUUGAUGAGGCCUACAAUUGCUGCCACGACAGAUGGAACCAUCACGCAAUCGUGUUCCUAGACACACAUGCCAUCUCACUUCUGCACAAAGGAGCCUGUGCAGUGCAUUCAACAUCAGAAUGGAGGAUGCUGCGAGGCUUUUGGAUGUGACUAUGCACGCACCGUUUACAAACUCUUCGUCUGGGGCUUUGAUAUUGUUCAUCCACGUCAAAAGGAGAUGAGGGGCUUCAACUGUAUAAUACACUUAAUGGUCAUCUUCUUGCAAGACGCUUCAUUGAAUAAAGUCAUGUUAGCUUGGAUUGAGUGGACGAUGAUCCAUCCGAGGAGAAGCUCCAAAAUUAAGUAAUUGAAUCGAACUCAAUUAUUAUACAGUAAAAAGAGUUGAAUUAAAACAUUUAUUCAUAUAUACUAUUGACGAAGUAACUGACUAUCAGGAACUUAAUUUAAAUAUAAUGAUUUGUGGGAGGUUUGGAGGCCCCACCCGCUGUAAAAGUCAUCUACCCCUAUGCUAUUAUUAUUUUUCACACAGCUGUAUUUAUAGUACAGAGUGAAUAGUGUGUGUGUGUAUAUAUAUGGUCACCUUUUCCCCACGUUUUGGCUACGUACGACGCCCUCGAAUCUAACAAAAAAGACAUACAGCGAGAGCCAUUUUCACUUGGAGGGAGCGAGAGAAGUAGCCAAAACUGCCACAACCUAGUAGCCAACGGUAUCACUCCACGCACGUGCGCCCCUGCCACUGCGGGAUGAUGUUCCGACAUGGCUUGGCGGUGACACGUGGCUACUUCCCACACCUGGGCUUGUGAGAAUGGGGCACGAGGAAGUUGAUCUGGAGGCGCUUCCCCCGCCGGAGGAUGAUCAGAUGGUAACUUGUGAGCUGGAGGCGGCGGAAGCUCUGGCGGGCUUGGCUCGGUGCUCCGCCGGUGAAGCAGUGGUCACUCCCUCUCACUCCUCUCAGGAUCAACAAAUAGCUGCUGCUCCUUUUUGUGGAUAUGCAUCUACCACGAUCACAAGUCCAGAAACAACUGAGACAAUUGUUAAAAAUGUUUCCAACCAGUUGUGCAGUACAGGUUGUCAACCAAAUCCUGGAAACAAAUUCAAGCAGAAAUUGACAGAGGCUGAGAAGGAAGCACGAAAGCUUCGUCGGGUCUUGGCAAAUAGAGAGUCUGCUAGGCAGACAAUUCGGCGGAGACAGGCUAUGUAUCUGGAGUUGACCAGAAAAGCAGCUGAUAUGUUGGAAGAGAAUGAGAAUUUAAAGAAGAAGGAGCUGGCUGUGGAGGAGUAUAAUCUUUUGAAAGGAAGAAAUGAAUUUCUUAAAGCACAGUUGGCUAAAAUAAAGCAGGCUGAACCAGGAGAAAAGCAAGAAGAGCCAAAGAUAUCCCUCCCAGAGAAAUCUUGUCCUGCUACUACGAGCACUUCGACUUUUUUCCAUAAUCAGCCCUCUGUAGUUCCUUUUUUCUGGCCCUCGAUUCUUCCAUCUUCAGAUCUUGUCCAGUUCCAUUGUGCAUCUGGCUCAAAUAUUAUGAGCUCACAGCAAUUCGCAAUACCACAUAGGGAUAUGCCCUGUCCACAUCAAGGACAAGAAAACUCCACGGGGUUGAAUAGUGGACAAGGAACUACUCCCUUUAUUGUACUCCCAGUCCCUUGGUUGCUUCCAUGUCUCACCCAUAGCAGUAUGCUUCACUCCAAUUCUUGUAUUAAUGAUAAACAGAACACUCAGCCUCGCAGUUCAUCUGCGUGUUCAGAGACUCGGCUGCAUGAAGACAAGAAUCAGUCGUCAUCAAGUUACAAUGCAAGGGCAGAGGCUCAUAAUUCCACAAAAGCCGGCAGUGCUCAUGGAGCUGGAUUUAACAUGCCGAGAGACGGUGGUGUCCAGUGCACAGCAUGUCAUCCCAGAGGUGCUGUUUCUGUGCCUGAGCUGUUCAGCUCUGUCAGGGCCCAAGAAGGUCACAGGCCUAGUAGAACAUCCUGGGUAGAGAAUACGGCUGGGGUCGAUGUUUCUGCUACUCAUGGUACAAGGCAGAAGAAUCAAGAGCCAACCAUUGGCCUGCAUAAAAAGCCAGAGAAUAUGUUUGUGGCAACUGAGGCAAGGAGGAGGAAGGAAUUGAUGAGACUAAGGAAUAUCAAUUGCCAUCAUGUCCAGACACGCUGUUGAGCCUCCAAUUAGUAUUUUUGUUCCGGUAAUCUCUCUAAAUCGGGAGUCCCUUUACUUGUUCUGAACUUGUUUUGCUUUCUAAAUUCAGAGAUCGCCA